GGCGAGGAGGAGCAACACGAACCCCUGUACGCGCCCUUCUUCGGCAUCAUGGGUGCUGUGGCCGCCAUGUCUCUGUGCGCCCUGGGCGCCUCGUACGGCACGGCCAAGGCGGGUGCCAGCAUCGCCGCCGCGUCGGUGAUGAAGCCCGAGCUGAUCAUGAAGUCGCUGAUCCCUGUGGUCAUGGCCGGCAUCAUUGCCAUCUACGGCCUUGUGGUGGCCGUGCUCGUGUCCAGCGGCCUGGGCACCCACUACAAGUUGUUCACUUCCUUCCUGCACAUGGGCGCCGGCGUGAGUGUCGGCGUGAGCGGCAUGGCAGCCGGCUUCGCCAUCGGCGACGUGGGCAACGCCUGCGUGCGCGGCUGCGCCCAGCAGCCGCGCCUCUUCGUCGGCAUGGUGCUCAUACUCAUAUUCGCCGAGGUGCUCGGCCUUUACGGCCUCAUCGUGGCUCUCAUCAUGUUCUCACGGUGA